GAAUGAGCUACAAAGCUUAAUCGUGGAGUACGUGAACGUGCACAAGUGUCUGCAGGCGUGAUGAGGGUACAGAAAGAAAUGCAGGAGGCUGGUGAAGGAACUCUUGGAAUGGAGGUGAAUCACCUGAUGGGAAGUGUUGAAUCACUUCAUGACUCCCGCUUCCAAACUAUUAGGCUAACUCAGAAAUGGUCUGACAACACUGGGCCUAUAAUAUGAACUGAGAUUAACUUCAUAUUUACUUUACAUUUUGACGUGUGAAACGUAACAUGAUUGAUGGAAAUAUAUCACAGACUCGAUGUAAAACAACGGGAAACGCCAACUAACUGCAACUAUAUGUUUAAAAUCAAGAUUUAGUGGUUUUUGAGCGAGAAAAAUCAAUACCUACAAUUCCCAUGAGCCUCCCCGGGUGUGCGUCAUCACAUUUCCACCAAUCACAGAUUUUGGAGGGCUUAUGAACUACAAAACACGGAAAUGCAGAAAACUUCGUUUAUCCUCCAAUAUGUAGAACAGCAGCAACAAAAACUCUUCGCAGUACUUCCACGACUUUUCGCUUUUCGUUCUUUUAUUUUCUCUCUCUCUCUCUCUCUUCUCAGACUCAUCAACGUUGCUUUCGAAUCGUUUUGCGUAGACUGCUAGCGAAGAGCUGUCGUUUGCUUCAUGGAAGUGACGCCGAAGAACGACACUUCGAAAUCGGCGUACCGUUCACCGUCCAGUCCGUGGGAGUCCAGAAAUGAGACGCCGCACCAGAAGCUGAGCGCCUCCCUGAAGGCGCGUCUGAAGAGAACGCGGCGUGCCUUCACCUCGCCCUUCCCCGUGGCCAAGCGCCUCUGCGUGGACGUGGAGGACGGCCAACCAGAAGCCAGACCUGGGAGUGAAAUGUUUUCCGGGAUGAUUCCUGGACCGGCGCACACUCACGCCGAAAACCUUGCGCAACGACGGGAGCGGCUCGGCAGGCAGGUGAAGGACAAGACGGAGACGUUACGUCGACUGAGGAUGGUUAAGAUGUACAGGUGCAAGAAUGACCUGACGCAGCUUCAAACCUUGAUCGACAAGUGGCGGAGCUGCGCUCAGAACGCGUUGUACGAGCUCCAGUCGGACGUCCCUGUGGAGGGACGCAAGGCCAGCCUGUCUGAACUCAUCGAUCUCUUCGGUCUCGAUGAGAAAAUCUUGCACUUUGACCGCACAGAGGACGACUUUGCUUCCUGAAUGUGCUUUCAAACAUAUACAGGUGCAUCUCAAUGAAUUAGAUCGCAGAAAACUUAUUUCCCCUAGUUAAAUUUUAAAAAGUGAAACCCAUAUGUAGAUUCACUACACAGAGUGAAAAGUUUCCAAAUUUUUAAAAAUAAUUUUGGAUGAAUAUAGUUAGUUAACAAAGACCUCAUUUACCCUCAAGAAAUUAGACUACUACAUCAACAAUCAACAUGAUUAUCAUUAUAGAAAUAAGGUAGGAUUUGGACUAAAAGGUUUUCUUUCUUACCUAUUCAAUUAAUCUAUAUGAGGCAUGAGUUUCACUUUUUGAAUAAAUAAACUUUUCUACCAUAGUUUAGUAAGCCAUCCAAUGGAACCUCUAAGGCCGAACACAAGAAUUUGGAAUUUAAAAAAAAUGUUUUCCCAUUGGAAAAUAAUGCAAAUCUAAGUGAUCUCUUUCAGGGUCAAACGGUAACUGUACAGGAGGUCCUUUUUCACAAUAGGCAGUAGCGCUCUGUUUAUACACAAAUUAACAAGUGACUGUGCAUGAGGUGACUACGUAGUUAGGACUAGUCCUUUUGAAAUAAGUUUUGCCAAAGAAGCAAGUUAAUAUCUUUUGAUGUUCGCUUAACUUUCACCCCCCCAAAAUGUUGCUCAAAUUCCAAAUCGUUCGACCUGAGGGGUUGCACUGCACAGUCCCAUUCCAAAUAAUACUACAGAGAAUAUGUUGGAGUUCUUUAUUAGUUGCCGCUAUGUUAUUGUCACACACAUCUUGAUUUGUAGUUGUAUUUAUUUAAGUGUAAAUAAAACCUGGUUGUCUGCGGAA